AUGUAUUUACCUUUCCAUUUGAAGAGGUGCUUCUCAUUCUGUGCCGUGUACCCCAAAGAUGAUAAAUUUCAAAAGGAACGUUUAGCUGAAAUUUGGGUGGCAGAAGGCUUUGUUGAACCUCAAGGUGAUACUCCACUUCGAGAUAUCGGUUGUGAUUACUUCAAUGACCUUUUAAAUCGGUCCUUCUUUCAAGAAGUUCAAUGUGAAUACUUAAUGCAUGACUUGCUGCAUGACAUGGCACAGAAAGUUUCAGAGCAUGACUGCUUCAUCUUGAAAAGAAGGAGUGACUUAAAAAAUAUUCCUCCUAGUGUUCGCCAUUUGUCAAUACUCUCUAGCACAGACAUGGACUAUCCCAGCUUGUUGAGUCUAUGUCGCUUCACAGAGCUCCGUACCCUUCUUUGCAACGGGCCUUUAGCAGAGAACAAAAUUCCAGCUAGUUUAAUGGAGAAAUGGUGGAGUGAACUUCUGCGUCUGCGUGUGUUUGUUCGUGCCACUACUAAUGAGUUACCAGCUGCUAUUGGAAACUUGAAGCAUCUUCGGUACCUUCAAAUCUCAAGAGCUUCACCUUUCAAGAGUCUUCCCGACGAGUUAUGUCGGCUCUAUAAUCUGCAGAUUUUAUCUGUUGAUAAUUGCAAGCUAGAAAUCCUGCCUAAUGACUUCAGUAAUCUGAUAUGCUUACAGAGAUUUGAAUCACAUGGAUUUCAGUGUAAUUUAAGGUUUAGAAGUUCCCGGGUAGAAGAACUUUAUGAAGUGAGUGCUGAUGUAGCCAAUGAAGCCAAUGAUGAGCCCGGGCGAGGAUUUAGGUUGAUGAAGAAUAUUAACCAGCUUGGUGACUUGAAGAUAUAUAAUAUUGAUAAGCUAAGCAAGGAGCAUGCAGGAGAAGCCCAACUACAGAAUAAGAAGUAUCUUGAGAUGCUGAAGCUGUCAUGGUCUGGGUUGAGGUCUCCAGAGGACAAUGACAUAGAAGUACUUCGAGUUCUACAGCCUCCCACCUGCCUCAAGUCUCUGCUCCUCCAUGAUUAUCCAGGUGUGUCGCUGCCAACCUGGUCAGCAUCCCGUAUCUCAGAGCGUAUAAACUUAAGUGAGAUACCUGAGGUGCUAGUUGACAACAAUAAUGAUAUCACCAGUAUUUUCUCGUCGCUGACAGACCUGGUCAUUGUUAAGUGCCAAAAUUUAUCAUGCCUCGAACAUGUUGUACACGUACUGGCCAUCAAGAAAAUCACAGUUAAAGAUUGCAAGAACUUAGUUUCAGUACCAGCUGAAAGAUUUAGGGAUCUCCAUUGCCUUGAAGAAUUGACGGUGCAAGGAUGUCCAAAAAUAUAUUCACAAAGUUUGGUUUCACCUUCUCUCAAGAGGCUUAUGCUGGGUAUGAAUGAUUGGUGUGUUGACCCUAGUUGUGGGAAUCUCGGAGAAAAUGUUGACUGCUGCUCCCUCACGUACUUUUCUUUGUCAUGCAGCCGUCUCACAUCCAUUAAACUACAGAUGUGGAAUCUUCCAGCACUAGAAGAGUUGCAGAUUUCACGAUGUCAAUUUCUUAAAUCUAUUAUUGGACAAUCUGGACAGGUCCUCAGAAGCACGAGCGGAUCUAGAGCAUUCCCAUCCCUUAUUUCCCUAACAAUUUUGUCGUGUUCUAAGCUGUGGACCAUUGAUGAUCUCCUAGCAGAAGAAUAUCUACCUGCCAUUGAAAGAAUUCUUAUUGAAUCUUGUGGUAGUUUAUGGUCCCUACCCGAUGAAAGGUUUGGGAAUAUUUCUUCUCUGAGGGAUUUGAGGAUCACUGAUUGUCGUAGACUGAGCUGGAAGAAGGGAUUUCUGUUACCAUCUUCCCUCCAAAGUCUCACCUUAAAUAACUGUGGGGAUAUCUCUGCAUGGGUUCCCAGCUGCCUAAAAAACCUUGCUUCCCUUGUUACAUUGAGGAUUUGUAUGUGUCGCCAUAUAACAUCCAUUCCAGGCAGCCUUUGGACCACUAAUCUCACAUCACUUGAGAAUUUACUGAUUUGGAGUUGUCCAGACAUUGUAUCAAUUGGUGGAGAAAACGCAAUUUCAGAAAUACAAAAUGUAUCGAUUCAAUGGUGUUGUAAGAUGGAGGAUCUAAAGCAGCCCGUGGUAAGAGGCAACCUGAUGUCAGUAGAGUGGAGCUAG